CCUUCGCUUAUAAUUUAUAAUUUUAUAAGUUAUAAAAUUAUAAUUAGGGUCUGAACGGGGAUGUGGCGGAGUUUUUAUAAUAAUUUUUAAGAUUUACAUUUUAUAGAAAAGAUACGGAGAACUUACGAUUUAAAGCUGUUACAAGCCAGUCAACUUGUGAAUAUAAAUCUUACAACAGAGCGAAAACAUGGACAGUAACAAGACUGCGUGUGCACCGGAUGGUGGUGAUCCAUUAAAGACGUCUCUUGCAAGUUCCGAAAAACGAGUGUCGCAGUGGGAGCUCCUCAUGAGGAAAUUCUCAGAAGCUCACAGAGACGAAUGCAAAACAGUCACACUGGACAUCCCGCGGGUGAAGCGAACUGAAAAGACGUUCCCCACUGGUUCCUCUUAUACUGGUACAUGGGAUAUACUGGGGAUGAGUGGCCAAGGCACUUACAAGUUACCAAAUGGAGUCAUCUACGAAGGUGAAUUCGACGACGGUACGUUCCACGGCCGUGGCGAACUCCGCUACCCAUGCGGAGCCGUGAUAUACGGCAGAUGGGAACGCGGCGAACUGGUGGAAAGGACACUGGUGUUCCCGGAUGGAUUGGAGUAUGCUGAGGCUGACUGGCCGUACUGUAUGAUGCCAGAUAGGAGGUUCACAAUAGAGAUAGACGAAGGGCUGGAGCCAGCAGGCCGCUCAUACCUCACGGCUGAGCAGCCGACUCGCAAGAUCCCACCAGAAUGUUAUGACACGGGAGACGGUUUCUACGAUCCGAAGAGCAAAAUUGUGUUCGCGGCGGAUGAUUUUAGUAGGAUUAUCAGAAAACCCUGCAACCGCGAGCAGAAGUGGAUCAUGGACAACUGCCGCACCAAUCCCAUGAGGCCCCUCGGGCCCAGAAAUGACCUUUACGAGGAAUGGUCCUCACCCAAUAAGGAGCCAGACAAAUCUGUGACGAGAGGCAUGCCCUACAUGCCGAGCAUGACUUGUUCUAGAACCGAGAUGCACGGUGCGGUCGACGAGAGGUUGUCAGUGACUGUGUUUGGCCACCUUCGCGGAGAUUCUUCGUCGACAUCCAGCUUAAGCGAUUAAUCUUAUGUAGUUACUUAGGCUGUCUAGUGGAUACAUUAUACAUGUACCUAAUUAUAUUCUCGAAGUCAGAAAGCUUUUCUUGGUUUUGUAAAACCUAUUUGUCAUAUAGGCGUAUGCUGUUUUACAAGCUUUUAUUCAACUUGCCUUGUUAGUAUGUUUAUAGUGUGCGUCAAAACGUAGAAGUUAAAUUUGACCCACUUCCCGGUUUCCGAUUGAGUUGAAAUU